CAACCAGCACCACCAACAACAAACACCAAGCCCAACAGUCAAGAACCACCGAACACGAUGGCCGACGAGCCUCCUCAAGAGACACAAGAGAGUAGCAACAACUCAUAUCGCACCCUCAACGUUCGUGACGCACUCAGCUAUCUCGAUCAGGUCAAAGUUCGAUUCCAGGAUCAGAAUGAUGUCUAUAAUCAAUUCUUAGACGUCAUGAAACUCUUUAAAACGCAGUCAAUCGACACUCCAGGCGUGAUCGAGAGAGUUUCAACUCUAUUCAGAGGCUACCCAUCACUAAUUCAAGGAUUUAAUACCUUCCUACCGCCUGGAUUUCGGAUAGAGUGCACCUUGGUCAGGCGAACCUCCUCCAACAGCGAAGAAGCUGACUUGGUCACCGUUUAUACUCCUGGAGAGAUCACUCACAAAACUAGUCUAUUCCCCAGGGACGGCAGCCUAGCCACGAUACUCACCGAUCACUCCCUCGGCUCGUUGCCUCCUGGCUGGUCUCACGUUCCAACCGAUCUCCAACCUCUCUCGAGUACUUCAGCCGAUCCAACCUCAACAGCCGAAACUACCUCAAAAAGCUCAGCUAGCAACCUCUCACCCACAGAGCCUGCUACUAUCAUACCCCCAACUUUUGACCAAACCAAGCCAAGCCAAUCAACUCAUUCAAUAUCUUUAAGCUCUACAACCCAAUCUUCGAAUCCUUCCUUGAAUCCUCCAACUGCUCAAACACCCGAUCUGCCCACCAAGUCUAACAGCUGCCGCCAGCGAUCCACUACCCCACCGGCCACCACUCAGGAACCACAAAAAAUCCGAUCACAGAGUGCCACUUUACCCCAGCAUCUACCCGACUCGACUAAGAAAGAUCCCGCCAGCACUCAUCCUAGUUCCUCUUCGACAAAACUCACGCCGGCAAAUCCGCCCAAUGAUCUUCGUCCUACCAGUCCCGCCUUAUUGUCUCGAGGUGAUUCACUCGCUAUGGAUGCUAUAGCCGUUGAUCCAGUCAUAAAUCAACAUGCACCUACUCCUACCCCCACAAAUGAGCACCCAAUAUCAUCAAGAGCUCCCCAUUCAAUCCAAACCAACCAAAUCCCACCGAUCAAUCGACCUUACAACCUGGAUCCCAGUAAUACAUCCAAGCUCCUCAUCGCACCUGAUCUGACCGAUCCUAGCAAGUUGAAAACAUCGCAACCCAAGCCCAUCCGUCCUAACUCAACCUUAAUCCCAGGUGUUCUCCAGCCUCAACCUAAUCUCAACACUAAACCGGUUGAGUUUAACUAUGCCAUCAACUAUGUCAACAAGAUCAAACAUCGGUUUAUUGAUCAACCGGAAAUCUACAAAACAUUUCUAGAGAUACUCCAAACUUACCAAAGGGAUGGAAUGCCUAUUGAUUCGGUCUAUGUCAAGGUCACCAAACUGUUUUCAAACGCAGCGGAUCUGUUGGACGAGUUCAAACAGUUUUUGCCUGAUCUAAACGCGAGCUCUGCCGCGGGACCAGGGUCAAAAUCGCCAUUUCCACCACCACCUGUCAAAGCCUCUUCGUCUACCAACCCACCGCCGAAUACCUCCCCCCAGUCGUCACAACCGUCUAGCUCAACUCGGAAACCUUCUCAAGAAAAGCUGCCAAACUCACAGUUCUUACCCCAUCAUCAGCCUCUCUAUCAUUUAAAACCGAGCCACAGGCCAACCCCCGAAACAUCAAAUCAACACAAGUCACCUUCUAUUUUGCAAAACAACCCCUCAACCGAUCCUAAUAAUGACACAGCAGGACAUCCCACCAGACUUUCGCCGACUCGUUUGCAAUCCCCUAGCAAGGUUCAUUCUCACUUAGCUCGCGUCGCUUCUCCUGCGCCAACGAUGCUUCUCGACCCUCAAGUACUCUCGAGUACAACUAGUGGCCCUCUGGAUCCACAGGUCUUGAACUCUGGCUUGCCAAAUUCGCAACUUCCCCCAAAUACAGGCUCUGGCUCCAUGGGCCAGUCAAAUAAUGGAUUUAUCGCGGGUGCUUCACCGGCCAGAACCUCUGUCUCACACCUCGUCUCAUCCACCGUACCUGAUCACCUCCCACCUUACCAAAAAAGGUUGCUAGCCAGUCCGGCCAAUGCGAUUCCUGUAGAUGAUGACUUUCCAGGACCUCCUAAGAAGAAAAGAGCCCUGGGAAAUGGAAACCUCGAAGAAGCCAGUCUUCGGUCAAACAAAGACCAGCCUGCCCUUCCAAAUGAAUCUUACACAGCUGCUUUCCAACCAGACGAUUUCGCCUCCAAAAAGAUCAAGCGCUCAAAAUCCAAGACAAGUGCAAGCGCCGAGUCGAUGCCUCCUGCGGUCACAAAUGAAGCCGUACAACAUAGGAUUGCCACCUUCCUCGAGCAGUACCGCUCAUCCCAACCCGAAUCACACGAAGCGACAAACACUGAGUCAGCGCCGCACAACUUUGCUACACCAUCGGAAGCAUAUAGAAACCAGUCCCAGUCUCAUUCUCUACCCCACCAAGUAAUUGAUCCCUCAAUCGGUGGCUCAUCAGCUUAUGCUCAUCCUCACUUACAGUUAGUACAUGAUCCUCACCUGGGAAGCUCAAAUCUCGCCGGAUAUUCAACUUGUCAACCGUCCUAUGUUGAAACCCACGAUGCGAUGGGAGGCCGUACGCUAACUAACACCAAGGAAGUGGCGCUGUUUGAGUCAAUACGAAAAUUUAUCAACGAUCCAGAUCUAUGGCUAGAAUUUCUAAGGGUCUUAGACCUCUACAACCGGUCGAUCAUCGAUUUCAAAACUUUAUUAGAUCGAGUGUCAGUAUUCAUUGGCGAUGACGACGAACUGUUGGAGGAUUUCAAGGGAUUGGUUGGGUAUGACGUCAAGAACGACGGCUUGGUUGAAGGAGAAGUAUGGGAGAUUAGGAAUACGGAUAUUCGAGAGCGCGACAAAGUAGAUGCAUCAACCAUCCAAAAGGAGUAUGGACCAAGUUACAAACGAUUACCGCGAGCUGAGAUAGAUUUGGCGUGCUCAGGAAGAGACGAGCUAUGUUGGAGUGUUUUGAACGAUGAAUACUUUGGGGCAGCGAAAUUUGGAACAGAGUCUGGUGGACCAGGGCAUCGAAAGACGAACUUCGAAGAAGUAGUUGCAAUGACCGAGGGUGAGCGCGCGCAUUUCUCGUACUGGCUGGAGUGCAUUAGUCGGACAAUCGGUCAUCUUGAAUGUUUAAGGGCUCGGAUUGACGGGAUGGAAGAUCGAGACAAGGCGAGCUUCACUCUGGGAGACAACCUCGGCGGAAGUAGUCCAUCUAUCUACCAUCGUACACUUCGCAAGGUAUACGAGAGCAAAUAUCAAUCUAGCAUCCUGCCUUACCUGCGCGACUACCCUGCGAAUACCAUCCCAAUCGUGCUUCAUCGGCUGAAGGAACUCGAAUUGAGUUGGAAGUCUGCUGAAUCCCAAUGGAACUUGAUCUGGAGAGAGGUAGAACGGAAGAAUUAUUACAAAGCUCAGGAUCAUCAGGUGAUCACGUUCAAGUCUAAUGAAAAGUCAUUGCUCAAAGGUCAAAAUCUGUUGAAAGAGAUUCACGACUUGAAAAAGGAUCAAAAGGCUUUAGUUUAUACGGUGAGUAUCAAAGCAGAUGAAGGGCCUCGUCAAGAUCCUUCCAAACAAACCGAGCCGUCUUUGAACUCUUCUUCUCGGAUGGACAUCGACAAGGAAUCAGUACCUAGACUAUCAUCACCAGAUAAAAUCGAGAUAAUUUUGGAAAACAGGAUACCUCGAAAGAUCGAUCGAUCACCCACUCCUUCAAGAGCGGCUCAUCAAAUCGAACUUGGAUUCGAAGACAUGGAAGUUUUCUAUGACGUGCUGAGGAUUAUCAUCAUGGCGCUCGACCGGUCAGCACUAUCGAAUCCAGAGCGAAGAAGGAUCGACGAAUCCCUUCGGACGUUCAUCCCAGCGGUCUGGAACAUCUCAGCAGCCGAGCUAGAGAAACAGAUCCCGAUCAUCUACGACGACGAGUCAAGUGAGCCUAGCGAGUAUGGCCGUCCUACUCUGCCGAACCAUGACGUCUCGACGACGGCGAAUCAGCAAAACGUACUGGACCAGAAGGGCAUCGAGACCCUGACCGAAGGGCUUUUAAAGAUCCAGACUUCCCAGGAAUCCAGACGCGCCCGUUCCCAAAAUCUCGACACCCCCAUGUCUUCCCCUCAGCAGUCCUACCAACUUACCCCCGCCGAAUAUGUCCCAACUACAAUCUCUCAGCCUGCUUUCCUUGAACCCAAUGGACCUAGCUUCACUGGGUUGAAGAAAUGGACCAAGCUUUCGGUGGUUGAUAAUCACCCCAAUCUAGCCAACAAUCAUCCCGAUGCUGGACAACCGGCCGAUCGACGAGUCGGACGCUGCUAUAACGUCUUUGGAUCCUCGACGUAUUACUUGUUGGUCCGAUUACUGCACACACUGUACAUGAGAUUGAUGAAGUUGAAGACAAUCGGGGUUGAGCUGGGCAAACACAAACCUCGGUGGAGACGGAUCAAUCCGGUGGCCAUCGAGCUCGGUUUGAGUCAUUCUAUCAUCGGCUUGGAUGAUCAUCCUAAUCCUGCUUCCCAAUUAUAUCCCUACUGUUUGGAUCAGCUUUCCCGCUACUUCGACGGCGAAAUCGAUUUCAAUUCGUUUGAAGAAUCCAUCCGCGUCGCCUUUCCAAGACAUGGUUACCUCCUCUCCACUGUCGAUAAACUAACUAACUCGAUCUUGAAACAAUUUGCACAAAUCCAUCAAGAACCUAAGAAUAAGGAGCUGUUGAAUUUGUUGAACCGGGAGCGGAUUCUUAGCUCAAUCAGUCCGAUCACUCAAAUCUCCUAUCGACACCAAGCAGAAUCGAUCUUGGAAGAAGAGGAGGGUGAACUGUUUCGUGCUGAAUGGCAUCCAGAAAGAAUGUCGUUGAGUUUCCAGAUCUUGAACCAAGGGGAACCGACGUUCGAAGUGAAGACAGCGACAGAAAAGUUGACGCAUUACGUUGACACGUACGAGUUCGAAACGAGUACGGAGCUGAUCGACCCGGCAAAAGUGAGACGGCCGUUCCUGAGAUCCAACUUGCUGAUCGAAGAGGAGAAUUCGGAAGACGAGGAAAAUGGAGAGGAAGAAGGAGAACAAGAAGUCGAAGAAGGGAAAGAAACAGCAGGAGACGAUGAGCACGAUAAGUCGAUGAGUACCGAUGGUCGCAGUGGGGCGGGGGAUCAAGCUCAGAAGGAAAAGAAGAGGAAGAAGCGGGCAGGUCGAGUAGUGUUGGUUAAUUCAAACAAGAUCCGACUAUCGAUCGACGCGGAGACCUACAAGCUACAGUUCAAUAACCGUCGGAAUACCAGUCACCAAGCUCAUCAUCAUCAUCAUUAUCAACAGACCAAUUCUUCGGCUUCCUCUUCUUCAUCCAGGCCGACAAACUUACAGGCUCAGUUGCAAGAUCAUGAACCUACGGACCUCUUGGUCGUCAAAGACUUCAGCUUGGCUGCUGAGCCUGCUGAUCUUGGCUUCAUAACAAACCUUCAAAAUCGCAAGUUCUUGGCAUGGUUAACAAAUCGUCAAUCGGAAUUAAAUGAGCUCAAUCAAGCCGUCUGAGAACAAUCUCCCUCUCAUGUUUCUUGCUUUAGAUUCAUUUAUUUAUUUACUUUUGUUUUUGAUUUUGAUUUGUCAUUGUUUCAUAUUUAUAUAAUCAACUCAUUUAAUAAACUCUUUUUUGAACAAAAAAAAAUUAAAUGUCUCCUCUGCUGUUGUAAUUUUCUUUUUGGUUUUGGUUGAUCUGAUGUGACGUGUUUGUGGUCUGCCUCUUCUCUGUACAUGUUCAUAGAUGUUGUAUGUACAUACUUAUUUUUUUACACCUUAUAAAAUUUAUUUUCAAAAGCUUCCAUUUUGUUGUUUGUUGUUUGUUUUGUUUGACCAAUUGAGUCUUUGAUCUAUUUUUGUAUGUAUGGCUUUAUGCACCCAUGUCCUCUCUUUUAAUUUGAUUCCUUCAAGUUGAUUUGGUGCACAUAUGAUAAAGAGGAUCUGAUUGAGACUUGCAUUGAUGUCUUGAGUGUUGUUCUUAUUCAUUCUUGAUGGAUUUGGAGCAAGUUAUAUAAAGCCAUCAAUUUUUG